AUGCAUUGAGAGUUAACUAUAAAAACAUAACGGCACACGGUCAGUUGCCACACCGCCGCAACUGAGGAGAGACGCAUACAUUUAACCGUGAUAUCCGAACAGCACAAAUACUGAAGAAAUAAAACCCCAACUAUGUCUGAAGGCGAUAACACCAGUGCAAAUUUGUUGGCUCAAGAAACGAGUCAGCUGGAAGAACAAUUGCAAGGAUGGGGAGAGAUUAUUCUGGCUGGAGAUCAUUUUCUUCGGUGGGAGAGGCCAUGGUACCCUGGAGCAUUAGUGGGCGUCUCCACAGUCCUCUUCACGCUGAUCUACUAUUUGGACCCCUCUGUGCUUACCAGUCUGUCCUGCACUGUAAUGAUUCUGUGUCUGGCUGAUUACCUGGUACCCACUCUUGCCCCCCGUGUCUUUGGUUCCAACAAAUGGACCACAGAACAGCAGCAACGUUUCCAUGAGAUCUGUGGGAACCUUGUGAAGACCCAGCACCGGGUGCUCAGCUGGUGGAAACGUCUGUUUGCCCUGAAGGAAGAAAAGCCUAAAAUGUAUUUCCUCUCUGUGAUCAGCAGUCUUGUGGCUGUGGCCUGGAUUGGACAACAAGUGCAUAACCUCUUCCUCACUUACUUGAUCGUGAGCUUCCUUCUGCUUCUCCCUGGACUCAACCAGCAUGGUAUCAUCACCAAAUAUGCUGGCAUGGCAAAGAGGGAGAUCAACAAGCUACUCAAACAGAAGGAGAAGAAGAAUGAUUAAAAGAAAAUGCUUUGAAAUAUUAGAGUGAAAAGUUGAAAGAAUUAGACCUUUUAAACAUCUCCCCUGCUUAUCAGCAACCGACCUGAAGACCAACUUCAAGCUGUUGCAGAAACUGAUAGCUGAUAAAGUGAAAAUAUCCAUAAAAAUAUAUGCAUAUAUCACUUCAAACCAUUUUGUUUGGGGGUUUUUCCCCCAAAAAAAUUCAGUUUAAAUGAGAAUUUUUCCAUCUCUUUAAAUAAAUAAAACACUGAUGCAUUAAUUUCAGAUCUUUCAUCCAUGUAUUUGCAUGUCAUAGUAAAUGUGUUAAGUCUGUGCGUAUGAAGACUGCUUUAUUGCGUGCAGUCCAUUUGCAUGCCAGCAAGGCAACCACUGAACAACAUUUAAUUCAAUCAGGCAUAGAACACAUUAUCAUAAAAUCUUCAAAUGUAGCCUGUUUUUCCUUGGGAUGACUUGGAAACAUGUAUUUGCACACUGUUCUGAAAAUUGCACUGGAAAAACCGAAGUAACUGGAGUGAAAGCUUGUUUGUGUGGGGCAAUUUAGACCCAUACUGCUGUACUAGUGUAGACCUCAUAGCUCUAGCCAUUUCCCAAUCCAACAUCUGGUGCUGGGCUGUAAAUAUACAUUUUCAUUUUCACUCUUUGUAUUUCUCUGUUUCUAGUAGCUUGUGUAUGUCUUUUUUCAUGCUUUUAACUGUCAUUUUAUGUUUGUGUUCACAACAAUAAACUAUUAUUCAAGCCAAA